AUGGCAACAGCCGCCUCCCGAAGACUUGCAGAUGCCACUAGCGGACAUCCUAUACCGUCGCAAGGGACCGAGAAUAACGGAGUGGAGCGGUUACCAUCAAGCAGACGACAAAAUGGCUAUGAGGGAGAUGCCGCCUACCAUCCUCGAGGGCCUCAGGCCCAGGCCUCCCGAUCCCAAACGGUCUCCUACAGAAGAUACCCAGCACCAACAGCUCAUGGGCGCCAUCGGUCAUCCAAUUCAUUCUCCGCGAGGUCUAGGAAUGUGCCUCCGAAUUGGGACGAUAAACCACUUCCCCCCAAGCCCGAGCCCGAGCCCGAGUCUACGGAGAACGAGUAUACUACGCUGAGCAUACGACCAUUACCACAGCCCGCUGUACCGCAGGACGAAAGUGCGAGGGAACACUCACCACAGAUGGACCCCAGUACCCAGCAAGCAUCGCCGUUGAGUCGAUCAGACACGACCCGUUCGACCAGAGAGCGGCGACGUGACUGGGCUUCGGACCGGUCUCCUCUACAGAAACUGGAAGUGGCUUUGGAUGGAAUCAGCAAAGAAGAGAAACGGGCUCGAGUUAUGGAAGCGGAAAUGCGGGUCAAAGAGCGAUUGGAACAGCAAAAAGCCGGGGGCGAAGCUCGUGAUUCACCAGCACCAGCGUCCGCUAAGGAAUCUGCUACUCCGGCUCCUGCUCUGGAGACUCCAAAGCCCAAAGCCGAAACGCCGCAGAUGAUCCUAGAUCGGUCCACGACUAGAAGUGUCAAUUCCUCGUUGGGGACAAAUACUCCUGACGGGUAUCGUGACUCUCCGGAGGAACGUCGCAUCCAGAGGUCCAAUACCACAAGAGAACCCUCUUCAUUUCGGUAUGCUGCAGUGCCUCGUAACGAUAUGCGUUAUGUUAAGCCAUCGGCUGGUCAGCCUGCACCCGCUGGUCAGGCUCCCCGGCGAGCUGUAUCAGUCAGUCAUCAUCCUGGAAGACCGAUGCCGCGGCCAUUAGUAAAUGGAAAAUUGCUUCAGGAGACUCCAAUGAUACACAAGAGGACUGUAUCUCAAGCUGACCCGGUAUCCGUGCCUCCAAGGAGAGUCGUUCUUGACGAGAACCAAGCCCCAAGGCAGGCACCAGUUCCCGUCUCGCGCGACUUUCCAGGAAGGCCAGUCAAACAACGGGCACCCUCUGCCCCCAUGCCAAACACUCAGCGGCCAGCAGCAGGCGUCUAUCCCGCACAGAACGCAGGCGUCCCCGAACCUGCUCAACCAGUCGUGAAAGACUCAGCAGUGCAAGACCCUCCGCCUCACGACUCCAGCGAAUUUACUGUGCCAUCGAAGCCGAAACGAAACACGGUUUCUUUCAAUAUACCACCGCCUACACCACCCCCAUUGUUCGAAUGGAAGAAUGCACCCGUGGCUAGGCUUAAUCUUUCUGAUUUCGAAUUCCAGCAUCUGGAUGCUGGUAGAAUCAAGGCAUGGUGGGGCGAAGGAAAUUCCAACCGUCGGAGAAGCAGAGGACUACCAAAGAAUUAUCAGAUGCCUUCUCAGAAGCCAAAGUCGUACAAAACCUUCCAACCAUCGCUCUACUUAAGAAGCGGUCCUCUGCUUCGGUACACAGGAAUGAAACGGGUGCAAAUCGACGGACCCAAUGGACCGUUCGAAAAGGUGACAUGGAGAGGCAGCAUCAUGAUCGUGACACAAGACUCUAAGUCUAUAUAUGAGCCAGCACCAACAUUACGACUCUUCUCCCAGCCAACGGAUCUCUUGCCUCCUCCACCUGUCGUGGUCAACGGUGAUGGCGAGGGAUCCCAGCUUCCACCUGAAUACGUUGACCCGACCGCUGGGCUGAUGAAGCUUGGACGCGACGGAAGGCCAUUGUACGUUAAGCCUGUGGAGCAUACCGAAGAGGGGUUGGAUCUGUCGCAUGUGGAAGAUGACGAUGGUAUCUAUGAGCUAUCCGCCAGCAUCCUCGACUUUAGCAGUGAAGGAGUCAAGCAGCCAAUGCCCGCGAACCGGGUCCACUCGAUGGACGGAGAAGUCGCUGGGGCAUAUAAAGAGCUGACUGGAAUCCGCCUCUAUGCGGACCCAGACCGUGAUGUCACUUUCUGGCGAUUCAAUAUCGAAGUCGAACUAGGUGAAGUCCAGCAGCGGAUCGCAUACCGCAUCAACCACGGUCCCGCCUUGGGAUUCUGGGUUCCAGCCAAGGCACAGAUGAUGAACAUAACCUUCCACAGCGGAAACGGAUUCACUCCUGGUGUUGAUACCAACAAGUUCUGCGGACCAGAUCCUUUGUGGCGCGAUAUCCUCAACGAGCAUCAGACUCGGCCGUUCCAUGUAAUGAUCGGUGGAGGCGACCAGAUCUUCAACGACAAGGUCACAGCGGAAUCAUUCCAUUUCCAAGAUUGGCUCAAGAUAAAGGACCUGAGUGAUCAAUACAACAUGCCUUUUGACCCAGAAUUCCGCGCAGAGCUUGAAAGCUCGUUCCUGGAGAACUACUUGGCAUGGUUCUCUCAGGGGUUGUUCUCGCUAGUGGGAUCGCAGAUUCCCAUGGUUAAUAUGUGGAAUGACCACGAGAUCCUUGAGGGAUAUGGAUCGUACCCUGACGAGUUUAUGCAAAGCCCGGUGAUUUCGGGUCUGGGUCGGAUUGCGUUCAAGUAUUACCUGCUAUUCCAGCACCAGACUGUCAUUGAGGAGACGGACCAUGAUGAGCCCAGCUGGAUUAUGGGAGCUGAGCCGGGUCCGUAUAUCAGAGAACAAAGCCGGAAUCUGUUCAUUCCACUUGGCAAGGGUGUAACUUUGCUGGGUCUGGAUGAGAGGACCGAGCGAAUGAGCCAUGAGAUUCUCAGCGAACCGACAUGCGACAUCAUUUGGGAUAGAUGUCAUCGGGAGAUGGCCCGGGGAGAGGUCAAGCAUCUGCUCGUGCUCUCGAGCAUUCCUAUUGCGUAUCCACGAAUGGCAAUGCUUAAGAAUAUCUUAAACAGCCGCAAGUCUCUAGGCAAAGCAGGUAUCUUCGGUGGCCUGGUCAACAAAAACGGCGGCAAGAUCGAGAUAUACGACGACCACUGGACCGCCAAACACCACAAAGCCGAACGGACAUUCUUGAUCGAAGAUCUCCAGGACCUUGCUGCAGACAAGUCCAUCCGAGUCACCAUUCUCAGCGGCGACGUCCAUCUGGCUGCAAUGGGGCAGUUCUAUUCGAAUCCCAAGCUCGGCCUGCCCAAGGACAAGGAUUACCGAUACAUGCCGAAUAUCAUCUCAUCGGCGAUUGCCAAUUUCCCGGAAACAGAGAUGGUGUCGGAUAUGCUCAACCGGCGCAACCUGGUGCACCAUAUGGACUCGAACACGGAUGAGGAUAUGAUCCCGAUCUUCAGCCAUGACGUUGAUGGGAAGCCACGGAAUAACAAGCGAUUGAUUCCAAGACGGAACUGGUGUUCGAUUCGGGAGUAUCAGCCUGGCUUGACUCCACCAGCGACACCCGACAUUGAAGACGAGGAAGAAGAACAUCGCCCGGGAAAACUCAAACGGACAUUAUCAUUAACGCGCGGGGACCGACCGGCAGGUGGACUCCUACGGCGCCUCUCAAGCCGUAACCGCCCGCCAACAAAAGAUAUCGACUUUGACAACCUAGGCAACGGAAAAGCCAGUCGCCGCAUGAGCAUGGACGGCCCCUAUCCACCAUCAAGCGAUAGUUCGCUCCCACCACCACGCUCUACCGAAUCAUUCAACAGACCCGGAACCGGAUCCUUUUUCCGCCGACCUACGAACGCCAGCCGACGGGGCUCGAUACGGUCAAAGAAAUCGACUACGAGCAACACUAACAGCACGACCAACAACACUACAGGGGAUGACGAUGGAAUAGGCGGUCUAGUCAACCUGGAAGGCGGUCUGGCGAUCACGUUGAACCUGGAACUCAACCCGAACGAUCCCGCUGGGAUCACGACACCAUAUAAACUACUGGUUCCGAUGUUACGGUAUGACGGGUUGGAAUUUGACCCGCCGGCGACGCGAGUGACUAAGGGGUGGAAGAAAUGGCUGGGGGUGAAGAAGGGUGGUGAUCCGAGUCAGGAGAAUAAGAAUGAAGAGGAAACCGAAGGGGACGAAGUCAAUUCGGAUGGGGAAAACUACGAUAAUGGAGAUCAACAUGGGCAGGUGGAGGACCACUCGGAUAGUGAUGCGGAUGUGGGAGCGGGACCGGCAUCGGAGGAGGGGCGGAAGAGGAGGAAGUGGUUCAAGCUGUAA